ACAAGGCAGCAGCUCAUGAUUCAUUCAGCCAAACACAGACAGCAGAAGACGGGCUAGGUAACGGACACUCUUCCGAGCCGGGGAAUCAAGAGGCUGGGUGUCCAAACUCAGAAGAGCAGGUGUCCCACUGAAAGGCGAAACUAGCUAGCUUGUCAUGGCGGAUGUUGGUGAGGUUUUGAUGUCGGUUUUGUCCACAAUUCGGGUGCCGAAGCCCGGGGACCGUGUCCACAAAGACGAAUGCGCCUUGUCAUUUUCCUCGCCGGAGAGUGAGGGAGGCCUGUAUGUGUGCAUGAACAGUUUCCUGGGCUUUGGGGGUCAGUAUGUGGACAGGCACCAUGCUCGCACUGGUCAGAGGGCUUACUUCCACAUCACCCGGACUCGCAAGGCUAAGAAGGAAGAUGACAAUAACUCUGGAUCUGGACACCCACCUAAGAAAAAGCCCACCAGACUGGCUAUAGGGAUUGAAGGCGGUUUUGAUGUGGAGCAGGAGCAGUACGAGGAGGAUGUAAAGGUGGUCAUUUUACCUGACAGACAGGAAGUGACAGCAGAAGACCUCGUUACCAUGCCUGAUGUUGUGAGAGAACGGGUGUCUUUGUCAAUGACGGGUAUCAUGGCAGCCGACUCAGUGUCUCACACCUUACAAGUUCAACAGUGGGAUGGAGAGGUGCGACAGGAGUCAAGGCAUGCCGCUGACCUUAAACAACUUGACAACGGAGUCAAGAUACCUCCCAGUGGCUGGCGGUGUGAGGUGUGUGACCUCCAGGAGAAUAUUUGGAUGAACCUGACAGAUGGAAAAGUGCUGUGUGGUCGCAGGUAUUUUGACGGCUCUGGGGGCAACAACCAUGCCCUCCUCCAUUUCCAGGAGACAGGGUACCCACUUGCUGUCAAACUUGGUACCAUCACUCCUGAUGGAGCAGAUGUGUACUCCUAUGAUGAAGAUGAUAUGGUGCUGGAUUCCAAGUUACCAGAGCACCUAGCUCACUUUGGCAUUGACAUGAUGACCAUGGAGAAGACUGAGCGGACCAUGACAGAGCUGGAGAUUGCUGUGAACCAGCGUGUGGGGGAGUGGGAGGUGAUCCAGGAGUCUGGGACCACCCUACGGCCUCUGUUUGGCCCUGGCUUGACGGGCAUGAAGAACCUGGGCAACAGCUGCUACCUCAACUCUGUCAUGCAAGUGCUCUUCACUGUUCCGGACUUCGAGAGCAAGUAUGUGUCUAACAUUGACAAGAUCAUUGAUCAAGCUCCAAGCGACCCCACCCAGGACUUCAAAACCCAAGUAGCCAAGCUCGGGUAUGGUCUGUUGUCAGGAGAGUAUUCCAAACCAGCACCAGACCCUGGAGAUGAAAAUGGUGCAUCUGAAUCCCGGGGAGACCAAAUCGGCAUAGCACCACGAAUGUUCAAAGCACUUGUUGGACGGGGCCACCCAGAAUUCUCCACCAAUCGACAACAGGAUGCUCAGGAGUUUUUAUUGCACUUCAUAAACAUGGUGGAGAGGAACUGUCGUUCUGGGUCCAACCCAUCUGAAGCCUUCAGGUUCCUGGUGGAGGAGAGGAUUGUGUGUCAGCAAUCGCAGAAAGCCAAGUACACACAGCGGGUGGAUUACAUCGUCCAGUUGCCUGUGCCAAUGGACCAGGCUACCAACACAGAAGAGCUUCAGGAGGCAGAGCGCCGGCGUGAGGAGGGGGACUCAUCAGCCCCUACAGUGCGAGCACAAAUCCCCUUCACAGCUUGCAUGGCUGCCCUCAGUGAACCGGAGGUCCUCACAGACUUCUGGAGCUCAGCUGUGCAGACCAAGACUACUGCUACCAAAACGACCCGCUUUGCCUCUUUUCCUGACCACCUGGUCAUCCAGAUUAAGAAGUUCACCUUUGGCCUUGACUGGGUUCCCAAGAAGCUGGACGUGAGCAUUGACGUUCCUGAUACUCUGGACCUGAGCGCGCUACGUGCAACUGGCCAGCAGCCAGGGGAGGAGCUUCUACCAGAGGUGGCCCCGCCCCCACUCAUGACCCCAGAUGUGGAGGUUAAAGCUCCAGUCCUGGAUGACUCCACUGUGUCCCAGUUAUGUGAAAUGGGAUUCCCUCUGGAGGCCUGCAGGAAAGCGGUGUACUACACUGGGAACACUGGAAUCGAUGCUGCCAUGAAUUGGAUCAUGAGCCAUAUGGAAGACCCAGACUUCUCGGCCCCCCUUGUGUUGCCAGGCUGCAGCUCCGGCCCCGGGACCACGCCUACAGACAGCCUCUCCGAGGAGCACCUGGCAACCAUCGUCUCCAUGGGCUUCAGCCGAGACCAAGCAACCAAAGCACUUAGAGCCACGAGUAAUGUCCUGGACCGGGCAGUGGACUGGAUCUUCUCCCACCUGGAUGACCUGGAGUCCAUGGAUGUGUCUGAAGGUGGCCGCUCAGCUGCAGAGAGCGAGGGCGGCAGAGAUCCUCCUCCUGGGCCUCGCGUCAGAGACGGACCAGGCAAAUAUGAGCUGUUUGCGUUCAUCAGCCACAUGGGGACGAGCACAAUGUGCGGCCACUACGUCUGUCACAUCAAGAAGGAUCAGCAGUGGGUCAUCUUCAACGAUCAGAAGGUGUGUGCUUCUGAGAAACCUCCCAAAGACCUGGGAUACCUCUACUUCUAUCGGAGAGUGGCUGAAUGAGACAAAGGAGCGUUACGCUUGGGGUGAAGGAGGAGGAACGUGUACGCUAACACAAACACACAAGACAGCAUUCACAGUCGCACCCCUACAAGCUCUUACAAAUGUCCUGGCACGCUUCACAACUGACAAAAGUGUAAAUAAAUCUCUCAGAUUGCAUAUAUGCGCAGUUAAAUAAAUUGGUGCAGAUGUACAGAUAUGGUGUUUGGGUUGGGUGGGGUUUCUUUUCAUCCAUUGGUUACAAACCAUUCAGAGAAGCAGCAGAAUCACCUGGACAGCUCUCCUGAGUAAAACUGGGAGCCAUCUGAAAUCUGUUUAAACAUCUGUUCACGGUUUUACUCAGCAAAUGCAUCCAAAUAAUUAAAACAACCUGCUUCCUGGAACAGGCCCCAGAACAUGAGAGGGACUGUGAUUUCUAAGUCCAUUCACUCCUUAUUAAUAAGUAUGCUUAACUAUCACAAUUCGUCUGUGUCCCGACUAUUGAUUUCCACUGCCAUCAGUAGUCACUGCCCCUCCCCUCAAAACACGUUCCUUUCCGGCCCCCUCUUCUUUCUAUUGGACGGUUGCAGGUUGGUGUCAGCGGUUUCGCCUGGUGUUAACUCCUCCUCCACCUGUUUCAGUUGAGUAAAAAUGGUUCAACAUCCACGAUGAGAGGAAAUGUCAGUAAAUCAAACAAGUAAAUAACAGUUCAAAUGUGUGUUACAAAAAGGAAAUUAAAAAAAGUCAAAACAUCAGAUCACCUUGUUUUUUCUUAUAAGUUUGGUGAGGGUGAUUUUUGUUUUAUUUCAUUUUUAUUUUGCAAACGAAUCCUUUGUUACUUCUGCUGUGACAAAUAAAAAAUUGUCUUUCUGUCA